AUCAACAUGAAGUUCUCCUGUGCCCUCCUCCUUUUGGCCACUGUGGGAUGUAUCCUGGUGAGCCUGUCCAGUCCGGCCAGUGGUGCCACAACAACCACAGCCACGACGGAGGCAACCACCACCACUACCACCACUGCGGCAUCUGACACCACCACCACUACCACUGCGGCCACUUCCACUACCACGACCACGGAAUCCUCCUCAUCCAAAAAGAAGGAGCACGUGAUCAAAUACAAGCGCAAGACCCACCGCCCCAAGAAGGUCGUGAAGAUCCACCACAAGAAGAAGAGUAGUGAUUAA